AUGGCAGAGGUGUCUCGGGCCGCCUCGGAACCCCAAAUCGCCGCCUUGGUUGCUCGCAGCCUCACCUCGUUCAAGGCGCUGACCUCAACGCUGCAAGAUGACCAUACCCGAGCCUCGCAAUCCAGCUCUUGCUUAGCGAGGUUUAAACUAUGGGCUGGAAACCUAGGAGCCCAUCGCCCUUCCGGGAGUCGCUCGCUCGAGUACCGUCUACGCGACGCGUCGAACAUCCGCAAGUUGGUCAUCUCCCUGCUCCAGGAUCUCUGCACCCUCGUCGCCAACGGAGGCAGCAUCCCUGACACAAUCAGCGAGAGCCAUGACGAGGUGGAAGACGACCUAGCCGACUACUUCAAUGAAGACGAAGACUCUGACAGGUCCGAGGUUGAGCAGAUACUUGAUGAGAUUGCUCACGUGGUAGACUGCCUUCUCCGUUUAUCUGUCACAAUACGCAAUCCAGCGCCUCACGACCAGUUCCUGUCUCGGGCGGGGGAGGGCCUCGUCAAGGAAUUCGUGUACUGGGAUGCCAAGCACGUCCAGGACAAGUUCCCAAAUGUGGACAAAGACCUUGCAGACAGACUCGGCAGGGCUAUGGCCCGUAGGCGGCAGUAUUUCAAGUAUAGGGAGGAGCACAAGAGCCGCCUGGCUGAGGGCUUGGACGAGGACGAUGCGGAUUUCGGAGCACGAGCGACGACAAUCGCUUCAUCUCUCCCCGAGCAUCUAAAGGAGGCAAGCAAGAGCACCGAGGCUAGCGAGACUCAGCUUGCCAUACUUGAUGAUGGCCGUUCUGAUGCCUCGGCGACGUCGUAUGCCACCUCAAGUCCUGAUUCGACCCAGCUGCGAGUCCCGCCAAUACCGAAGGAGCACAUCGACGGGUCGUUUAAGUGUCCGUUCUGCCACAUGAUAGUCUCGAUAGACACGAGGCAUGCCUGGAAGAAGCACGUUUUCAGAGAUCUUCGACCAUAUGUCUGUCUCUCAGAGGCCUGUCAGGCACCAGAUCACCUCUAUACGCGCCGCAACGACUGGAAGAUGCACAUGAGGAGGGAGCACUGGAAGACCUGGUACUGUCCCUUUGGAUGCGAUGCAGAAUUCGACAGCGCCAAGGGCUUUCACAGCCACGUCAAGACAGCCCACGAGCAGAAUGUAUCUCUCGAGAAGAUACACGCGCUAGAGGGUCUCAGCAGCCGCGCAGACAUAGCGAAUGCCAAAGGUCGAUGCCCUCUGUGUUAUGAUUUCCAAAUCGAGUCCAAGAAGCAGUAUGAGAAGCACGUUGGGCAGCAUCUGGAGCACCUUGCGCUAUUUACCUUGCCUGACACAGGGGGGGAAGGCGAUGACGACGAAGAUGGGAACGAAGACAAGGAGGAAGAGAGGCUCGACGAUGGAGAUGAAGACGACGACGACGACGAAGAAGAAGAAGAUGAGGAGGAGGAUUGGCUUGCAACGGACGACCCCAGAACCAAGGUUGCUGAUCAACAACAGAAAGCUGCGACUGAAGCCUCCGACAAGCUGAAUAGAGAGGCCCAAGAAUCUCGAGAAAUUCAUCAAGCCGCGAAGAAGAUCAUCGUUGACGGUGAUGAGGAGGCACUGGCCGAGGCGGUAGCUAGUUUUGAAGAGGAAUCGAAGAUGGCUGCAGCCGUAGCUGAGGCUAAGGGAGCCACAGAGAAGGCUGCCCAGGAGCUGAAGGAGAAGAUUCAGAAGGAGACCAAGGCGAAGCCUGAGGAGAGCGAGAAGGCCGAGCAGGCCCCAAUCAGAUUUAAGGACGCUGUCGGUCGGCAUUUUGCCUUCCCUUUCCGGCUUUGCGCGACUUGGCAGGGCAUGGAGGACCUCAUCAAGCAAUCGUUCCCACAAGUUGAGGUUGUAGGGCCUCAUGUUAUGGAGGGCCGUUACGAUCUGAUCGGCCCUGACGGCGAAAUUAUCCUUCCCUCUGUUUGGGAGAAGGUGGUUCAGCCGGACUGGGCCAUCACUAUGAGAAUGUGGCCGGGGUACGAGAUGCCUCCAUCCCGCACCCGCUGGACUCAUCAGCCUGUGAAGUCCCCGCCCCCGGCUCCUCGGAAGGAGGACCCUGAGAAGAUCCGAUUGGAGGCUGAACUUGCUGCCUUUAAGGCCAUGGAGGAAAAGCAAAAGGCUGCGGAGAAGGAAAAAGAGGUUGAGGCUCAGAUCCGCAAGGAGGCCGAAGAGGCCUUCCGUCGCCGGAUGGAGGCAACGAGAAUUGCUCAGGAAGAGGCCAAGGAGGAGAUCAAAAAGGCAAGAAUUGGCGCUGGAAGGGCCGCCCGCGAGAGGAUGGAGACUGAACGAAAGGCCGAGAAGGAGCGAGCUCGAAAACACGACGAGGCUAUGGCUCGACUGUGGGUUCAAGUCAAGAUGAGGGCCGCCAUGGAAAAGAGGGAGGAGGAGGGGGAGGCCCAAAUGAAGAUCGAGGCAGAGCGAAUGGCUGCCAUGGGAAACAGGGAGAAGGAGGAGGAGGACUAG